AUGUCAAUUGUCCUCCUCCACACUGGAUAUAAAACCCAUUCCACUGAAGCCCCACCACCACCAGUGUCAAGGAAAUUUACUUUCCUUCACUCUCUUUCUUCUUACUUUCCUUCACUCUCUUUCUUCUUACUUUCCUUCACUCUCUUUCUUCUUACUUUCCUUCACUCUCUUUCUUCUUACUUUCCUUCACUCUCUUUCUUCUUACUUUCCUUCACUCUCUUUCUUCUUACUUUCCUUCACUCUCUUUCUUCUUACUUUCCUUCACUCUCUUUCUUCUUACUUUCCUUCCUCCUUUCUUUCUCUUUCUUCUACCCUUCACUCUCUUUCUUCUUACUUUCCUUCACUCUCUUUCUUUCUACUUUCCUUCUACUUUCCUUCACUCUCUUUCUUUCUACUUUCCUUCACUCUCUUUCUUUCUACUUUCCUUCACUCUCUUUCUUUCUACUUUCCUUCACUCUCUUUCUUUCUACUUUCCUUCACUCUCUUUCUUUCUACUUUCCUUCACUCUUUUUCUUUCUACUCUUUCAUUGUCUGGCCUUUCACUUACUUCACACUUAA